AUUCGAAUUUAUUUUCUUAAAAUUUGAAAAGCCAAAAUCUCCCGCUUCUCUCAACAAUGGAACCUCCUCUUCUGAAGCUAGUAAUGGUACAGGGCCCUAGAGAAGGCGAGAAGUUGGAGUUUCGAACCGGAUCCACCAUUCGAAUAGGUCGGCUAGCCCGCGGCAACAACAUCAGUAUCAAAGAUGCAGGCAUCUCCUCCAAACAUCUCUUUAUCGGAUCCGAAUCGGGUAAGUGGAUUGUCCAAGACCUCGAUUCGUCCAAUGGCACUACUCUCAACUCCACCAAGCUCCCUCCCUUCACGCCGUUCGAUCUUCAAGACGGCGACAGUAUCAAGCUCGGUGAAGUCACCUCCAUCCUCGUUCGGUUUGUCGGCGGGGAUGAGCCGUCUCAGUUAAGACGCAAUCCGAGGAGAAAAGUCAAUGAAUUGGAUAAAAAAGGAUCGGUUGCAGAGGCCCCGAGCCAGAGGGCAGAGGCUGUGAUAAUAACUGAAGAAAAUAGCGGAUUAGAGAGUGAGAAUGUCGAGAAUCGUAGAAGAGGAAGGCAGAGGAAAGCUAGGGUUUUGGAUAAAGUUACAGAGAUUGAUAAGGAAUCAGAAAAAUUGGACUUUGUGGCCGAGAAACCGGAGACGCGGAGGGUGAAUGUUAGAGUUACUAGAAAUAGAAAGAAUGAGGAUUGCCUGAUUUUGGAGAAUCUGGGUGGAGAAUGUGGUAAAAGGACCCGAGGAGGCAGGGGGAGGAGAAAGAAUUUACCGGAAUUACCAUUGGAAAGUUCUCAAGUUCGUAGUCUGGAAAACAAGGAAAAUAUUGAUUCAGGAUUGAAUUUAAGAGAAGAGGCGCAAGCACAGACCAUUGAAGUUAGCGUAAGUGGAGAUAAGGAAAUAAAACUGGAGAUUAUGGAAGAUGAGAAGGAAGAGGGAUUGGGCGCAGAGACGACUUAUAAAGAUUCUGAGAAUGGAGUUGAUCUUAAAGAGAAUGAUGGUAAGCAACAAAAUAAUACUAGUAAGAAUUUGGUGAAAGAGAAUGAUGGUAAGGAACAAACUAAUGCUAGUAAGAAUUUGGGGAAAGAGAAUGAGGUAUUGGGUGGAGAAACGACUUAUAGAAAUGCCGAGAAUGGAGUUGAUCUUAAAGAGAAUGAUGGCAAGGCACAAACUAAUGCAAGCAAGGAUUUGGGGAAAGAAGAUGAGGUAUUGGGUGCAGAAACGACUUAUAAAGGUGAUGAGAAUGGAGAUGAUCUUAAAGAGAAUGACGGUAAGCCACAAACUAAUGUAAGUAAGAAUUUGGGGGGAGAGAAGGUAGCUUUGGAUUUGGAGAAGAUGACACUAGGGCAGUGGUUUGAUUAUAUGGAGGCGCAUCUUCCGAAGCAGAUAAUUGAAGCUACUGAGGAGUUGAUAGAGGGAAUGACGAGGAAAGCAGAGCGAGUCAAAGAGUAUAUGGUAGAGCAAAAGAAAGCUAGAGCUGCAAAAGUGAUGGGGUUAAAUAAUUCUUGCAGAAGCAGCAAGAUGAGGGGGUCUUCAUGAAUGCGGAAGCUUCAAUUCCAUUGCGGUGUCAGCAAUUGAUGAUAAUUGAGCAGUCCCACCAAUCUACUACAGAGAGGCAUUAUAUAGAAUUGCAACUCGGAUAUGGUCGCUGCUUUUUCCACUGGUUCACAUGGUCAUAUUAUUUGCAUUCACCAGCAGUUGUUAUCUUCAGCAAGUUAUGGGCAUCUCUUAUGUGAAAUUGCUGCAUGAUAAGUUGUCCCUCAAGCGUUCCUCAUUUAGUCUCUUCAGUCCAUAUGAUUAUCACCAUUUUCAUGUCGAAUUUAUUAUGUCAAGCAUCUCAGAGAUGAAUUGCGAGGUGAAUUUUGAUUCCAGAGGCAGGCAGCUUAGAUUUGCUGUUUCAUCUGUUCAACAGAAACUUUUGACGUGUGAUUGUGUUUGAAACAACAGUUAUUUUAUUUUAUUUUAAUUUAUGAUGGGAUAUGAAGACUAUUUGUAUCUAUACUAUGUUGCUGAUUAUGUUAGAGUAGCUGAACAUUCUUCAAAUUGUUGUAGCAUAUGGUGAACUUUGAUUGUUUUUUCCAUCAUGUUUUACAAGUUUUGACA